CUUCACCUGGCCGCAAGGGGCAGGAGGAGGGGCAGGAGGAGGAGGAGCGGAGAGUGGCGGUCCGGUGUACAAGCUUGCAAAGAUCGGCGGCCCCAACCUCGCCGUCAUCGACAACCCGGGCAGCGGGCCGCAGUUCGGCGCGGAUGGGCUCAACAUCCCGCUGCGAGGACCCCGGGGGCAGGAACGCACCGCCAAGAGCAAACUGGGGAGCUACUAUGCCCGGCUGCCGGACGGCUCUCGCUCGCUGUUCGCGGCCGGGGAGGACCCGCGCAGGGCGCAACUGGCCUGGCUCAAGGUGUACGCAGCGGAUGUCCGGGGUGUGGAGUGGCGGCUGGAGGGCAUCACGUGGAGGAGCCGGGUGGUGGAGUGAGGGUUAGGUGUGUGUUAAAAUAACUGGCCGCGAGUAGGAACGUACUGUGUGUGUUAAGAAAACUGGCCGCACUGUGUGUGUGUGUGCGCGUGGGUGUGGAGCGUGGGGGUGUUUGAAGCACUCUCCAUGUGGCUAGGAAGUGAGCGAGGGGGUGCUGGGACGGUGGCCAAUUGACUAUAGCAGUCGAAUGGCGGGCAGUGCUGCAUGCAGCCGUCGCGUAGAUGUGCGCGUGUGCCGCAUGCAUGCAUGCAGGCAGG